GGCGCGCGGCAGCGCCUUUGUGGGGAGACGUCGCGUCCGCACCAGCGCCGCCCGGGCCGGGCCGGGGCUCCCAGCCGCCCCCAUGAGCUGCCUGUAGGGUCCGCACCGCCGCACCCCUGCGCCCCAGGGGCUCGGGGUUGGUUGUUUUUGAGUUCCCCCUUCCCUUUUUUUUUUUCUUACAGUCUAUUUUUGUACACUUUCCUAUAAAACCAUGGUGCUGGGGAAGGUGAAGAGUCUGACGAUAAGCUUUGACUGUCUGAAUGACAGCAAUGUCCCUGUGUACUCUAGCGGGGAUACAGUCUCAGGAAGGGUCAGUCUAGAAGUAACUGGGGAAAUAAGAGUGAAAUCCCUUAAAAUCCAUGCGAGGGGGCACGCUAAAGUACGUUGGACUGAAUCGAGGAAUGCUGGAUCCAACACUGCCUAUACACAGAACUACACCGAAGAAGUGGAAUAUUUCAACCAUAAAGACAUCCUGAUCGGCCAUGAGAGAGAUGAUGACAAUUCAGAAGAGGGCCUUCACACCAUCCAUUCAGGAAGGCAUGAAUAUGCAUUCAGCUUUGAGCUUCCACAGACACCACUUGCUACCUCAUUCGAAGGCAGACAUGGCAGUGUGCGCUAUUGGGUGAAAGCCGAAUUGCAUAGGCCUUGGUUUCUACCAGUAAAAUUAAAGAAGGAAUUUACAGUCUUUGAACAUAUAGAUAUCAACACUCCUUCAUUACUGUCACCCCAAGCAGGCACAAAAGAAAAAACUCUCUGUUGUUGGUUUUGUACCUCAGGCCCAAUAUCCUUAAGUGCCAAAAUUGAAAGGAAGGGCUACACCCCAGGUGAAUCAAUUCAGAUCUUUGCUGAGAUUGAGAACUGCUCUUCCCGUGUGGUGGUGCCAAAGGCAGCCAUUUACCAAACACAGGCAUUUUAUGCCAAAGGGAAAAUGAAGGAAGUCAAACAGCUUGUUGCCAGCCUGCGUGGGGAAUCCUUGUCAUCUGGCAAAACAGAAACCUGGAAUGGCAAACAGUUGAAAAUUCCACCGGUUUCUCCUUCAAUCCUUGACUGUAGUAUAAUCCGUGUGGAGUAUUCACUGAUGGUAUACGUGGAUAUUCCUGGCGCCAUGGAUUUAUUCCUUAACUUACCACUGGUCAUUGGCACCAUUCCUCUACACCCAUUUGGUAGCAGAACUUCAAGUGUAAGCAGUCAGUGUAGCAUGAACAUGAAUUGGCUUGGUCUGACACUGCCUGAAAGACCAGAAGCACCUCCCAGCUAUGCAGAAGUGGUUACGGAGGAACAACGGCAGUCCAGCCUUGCACCCUUAGGUGUUUGUGAUGACUUUGAGAGAGCGCUUCCAGGACCACUGUUUGCAUACAUCCAGGAAUUUCGUUUUCUUCCUCCACCUCUCUAUUCAGAAAUUGAUCCGAACCCAGAUCAGCCCACAGACGACAGACCAUCUUGCCCUUCUCGUUGAAAGAAUCCGUAAGAAGCUGACUUGACUUGGGUUUGGAAUCAUACCUGUCAUGUUGAAGGUCAAGGCAUCAUAGUGGAGACACACUUUCAAAGAAAGUGGGUUUGCUCUUGCCUGUGUGGUGAAUAAAUGAAAACAACCUGUGAUCAUGCUUUGAAGCCUACAGUAACGUUGUAGGACUGCUCCACAUUCUUGAAGAACUGAGCUUUCCCCCCCUCCUUCUUAAAUACUGGCACAUACUAGGAGCAGCCUUACUAACCUACAGUCAUGUGUGUCCAAAUACCCAAACCACAUUAAGAGAGGUUUGGCUUCCUCUUACAAUUUGGAAAUUUGCACAUGCUUAUUGCUUACAUUGUGCGGUUCAGUGUCACUACAGCUUUUCCUCAUUUACGCCGGACAGUUGUUACCCCUUUCUUAUGUCUUGUGGUCCGCACAAUAAGGAGCAAAAGAAAGCUUUGACAAAAAGAAAGAAAGAAACAAACAAAAAACCCAACAGCAACAGACUUUGACAAAUGCACUGACUUUCCUUCUUUUUUUAAUUUAAUGUAGCCUGGACUUUACCUGCAUAUGCACAUGCUCAGAAUUGUCCUAGUAGGCUGAUCAUGUAUCACCUCUUCAGCUUGGAUCCUAUUGUGGAUUUAUUUUACAAACAUCAAAUGCCUUCAAGCCAAUCCUACUUGCUGUAUGUUUUGCAGCCUACUGUAGUAGAUAAGCAACAGAUAUGGGGAUAGGGUGGGAGGGAGUUAAUAGAAAGAAACUAAUAGACUUUGUCAAGAUUGUAUACUUUCUUGAUUUUUUUUAAGAAUUUGUUGCCUUUCUACUAUUAUUGCAAAGCAGCAUUUUGUUACAGACUGCCUAAAAAUCACUUAAUCUCAGGUGAACUCAUCACUUGCCAAACUGUUGGAAUGCUAUUUGUUUUUUUAUGUUGCACUGUUGAGUUAGUUCAUUUUUUGUGUUUGUGUUUUGUUUUUUAUUCUUUACUUGAGAGGGAGAUCUGGAAUAAGGACAUACACAAAAGUUAUUAAAUCCUCCUCUUUCCCAUUUCUCUUUCUGCAUUAUGAAAAAAGAUGUUCAAGUUGUGAAGCUCUUAAAAAAAAAGUCAUAAAUGAAAGCAGCACCAGCAGACACCAGCUGUUCCUCAAAAGACUACUAAAAGGAAGUGGUCAUACACUGUCUAGAUUCACA